UAUAGGUUCAUUUAAAUAAUAUCAGAUCAGAUGUGAUUAGUUUACCGUUAUGUAAAUUAACAUAUAAUUAUAAUAAUCGAUCAUAACCUCAGAAGCAAAAAAAUUAAAUAAAAAUAUUUUACAAGAGCGACUCCACAUCUGUAUCUGUUAUAACUUGAAGUUUUAAAUAAGUUGAAAAGAUCGUGCAAGCCAAUGUCAUUACAACCGUGGUGGUGUCAAACUGUGAAUAAUGAUAUACCUAUUUAAUCAAAUAAAAUAAAUGAAUAAAUUAAUCAACAAAAAUUAUUAAAUGAUGACAAAAAUAUUAUUAGAUAAUAUUUUUCAUUUUUGAAAAAAAAACCCGUCUAAAUAAAGUGUGAAAGUGCGGUGUUAUAUUUAUAAAAUUAUAAUAAACUAUUGUGUCCAAUAAAAAACAAUGUUGAAUUUAAAAAUAUGCAGGACGUUUUUGUUUUUGUUAUGUGUUGUUUAUUCAAAUGGACGAAAUUUGCUGGCUAAUAAAGAUGAUAAUCUACUAUCUUCGAGAUCUUUAUUCGAUGAAAAGAACAAAGACCACUGGAAGAUCCAGGCGCAAUGGACGCUACGGACAAAGCUCGACGCUCCACUCAACACGAAAGUCGCUAAGAACGUGAUCCUAUUCCUUGGAGAUGGUAUGAGCAUACCAACGUUGGCUGCCACCAGGGUGUACCUCGGCAGGAAAUAUGGUCAAACGGGAGAAGAAUUGAAGCUAAGCUUUGAAACGUUCCCUUUUACUGGAUUGGCAAAGACGUAUUGCGUUGACCACAACGUAGCUGAUUCAGCGUGUAGCGGCACUGCCUACUUCUCAGGAGUCAAAGCGAAUAGCGGCACGCUCGGCCUUAGUGGCGCAGUGAAGAGAGGAGACUGCGAGGGCCAAAAGGAUAGUGACAAUGCUGUUACAGGCCUGAUGGACUGGGCGCAAAGAGCUGGCAAGUCUACUGGUAUAGUGACGACCACGCGAGUCACUCACGCCUCUCCAGCGGCGGCCUACGCUCAUUCAGCAGAUAGGAAGUGGGAAGCGGACGCGGACCUGCCGAGACAAGGCCUGCGCUGCGAGGACAUUGCUAGUCAGCUCGUACGGGGCCGAGUGGGCAGUCAUAUUGACGUAGUUUUUGGAGGUGGCAGAAAAAAUUUCUAUUCUCGAAAGGACAAAGACGCCAAUGGUAACUUCGGAUACAGAAAAGAUGGAAGGAAUCUUAUAAGAGAAUGGCUCGCAAAGAAGGAAAGUCAAGGAGUCUAUCCAAAAUACAUUGAGAAUAGAAGAGACCUUCUCAAACUUGAUAAGAAACAAUAUGGCAGUGUAUUAGGACUAUUCGCUUCAGACCAUUUGCCUUACAACCUCGAAGCUGAUAUUGAUGAUCCUUCACUGAGUGAGAUGACCCAAAAAGCUAUAGAGAUUUUAUCACAAAAUCAGAAUGGAUAUUUCCUAUUUGUUGAAGGUGGAAGAAUCGAUACAGCUCAUCACGAAACAAAAGCUCAGAAAGCGUUGGAUGAAACCGCGGAACUAGCUAAAGCUGUAGAAGCAGCAUUGAGAAUGGUAGACCCUGAUAACACGCUCAUCGUGGUGACAUCAGACCACAGUCACACUAUGAGCUACAGUGGUUACAGUAAACGAGGAUCGGAUAUAUUAGGACUGGCUAAUGUUAAGUAUAAUGCCUCGGACAAUUUGCCAUAUAGCACUCUGAGCUAUGCCAACGGCCCUGGCUACAAGCCACAUUCAGACUUCAAGAGACAUAACCUCAUGUUGGAUGAUAUGAAUAACUUGAACUACACCUUCCCAUCAAUGGUGCCGAUAGCCCGGGAGACCCACGGCGGCGAUGACGUGGCGGUGUUUGCCAAAGGCCCCUGGGCGCAUCUGUUCACCGGCAACUACGAGCAGAACUUCAUCCCUCACGCUAUAGCGUACGCCUCUUGUAUAGGCCCAGGACUUACCAAGUGCAAAUUAUGAUAAAAAUCUAGGUAAUUUUUUUAGCAAUGUAAGCCCCAAAAACAAAAAUGCGCUAAACAUUCGAUCGCUUGCUGCUGUCAUCAGUCACUUUUGAUGCGCCAUCAGUAGUACUUACUUACCUAGUGAGAAAUGCGCUGCAUUUAGCUCUUAGUGGCUCUUGCUGUACCUAAUGUGCAAACAGCUUUAGCCUUAAAUUCUCUAAGCCAACAAUCUUAGAAACUACUUACUCUUUUUCCUUCUCCCGUUUCCGUGUUCUGUUAUCAAUUACACGUAUUGUAAAUAGACCUUGGAUUUACUGAAUUCAUUUUAAGUGUGACGAAAGUGUUAUUAAUUUAUUAUGCAUGAAUUAAUUAUAUUGUAAAGUAAGGAUUUUUGCCAGCAUUUCGGGUAGUCUCGCUGCAAUGGAAUCAAUUAAUUUUUAGAUUUGAUAUUUAAUGUUAAGGUUAUCUAUUUUGUAUCUUUUAGUAAUUUUUUUUUCGAUAGUAGCCUUAGUUAUUUUGUUUAAUAAAUAUUAUAGUA